AUGUCACUGUAAAGAGAAAAUACAUUAAUUAAGGAAAAUAGGUUAAAACGGAUUCAAAAGCUAUUCGUCGCGCGUAGUUUGGCUAUGAAUGAACCAUAAACUCAAAGUGACAGAAAUAUUUUCUAAGAAAUCAAUGAUGAGUUCAAUAUUGAUAAAGGGCCAAAGUAUAAUGAAAAGGGUGAAAUCAUUAAGCAUUCAAUAAUAGGAAAACCUGAUUGGUUCAAUAAAACUAAGUAUGGGAAAAAAUAGACUUAAUUUGAUGAAUUCAAUCUUCGAUAACUCCCACAAAAAUCAUAAACUCGAAUUGAUUAAGAUUAAAGAUCUAUGGCCAAAAGUGAUAUAAAAAGUUUAUAAAAAGGUGGAGGUUCUGGAAAAUUCAAAAAGGACAAGAGAGAUUAGUUAACUACCAAAACUCAGUUACUUGAAGAAUUGGAAAAGAUUAAAGACAGAAUUGAAUUGAAUAAAGAAAUAGAGCAAAGAAAACUCAAGUAACUAUUUAAUUCUAAGUUUAGGGAACUGUAACUUGUUGUGAGAUGCAAUGCUACAAAGUAGGAAAGAGUAAUGGAUAAACAUACUAGGAUGGAAUAAUACUGGAAUGAUUUCACUUACAAAUAAGCAAAUCAAUUAGGUAGAUUUCCUUCUGAUUGUCAAUUGAUUUAAGCUGAAAAUUAUAGAACAAGAUUAGAAGCUGCUGCAGCAUUUGAUGCUCUCAAAACAGACUAUGAAAGAUUUGGACCAAGAGUUUGGUAAAUGACUCUAAGAAAACCUGAUUAAUCAAAUGAAAUGUUACUUAAAUUAAAGGAUACAUAAAUGAUUGUAGAAAAUGAAAUAAAGUAUGACUUUAUAGUGGUAAUUAAUAUUCAAGAUAUUUAGGGAUCUGAUUUGCCAAAUGCUUUUACAGAAUCAUCUGUGUGUGGACAUAAGGGUGGCAUAGAAUAUUAUAGAAAACCCAAUUUUCUGCCUGAUAGCAGUCAAUUAACAUUCUCUAGUCGAUUCAGAAAAUCAACAGACUCAGAAAUGAAUUAAAGUUCUUUACCUUUUAAGAGUUUUAGAAGUGAAGAAUAUUUGAUGAAAAAAAUAGAAAAACAAAAAAGUUAAUUCAAUUAAUCACAUAUGUUGUCAAUCGAUAAGACUGAUGGAUAUGAUUAAUUAAUAAUAUUGGGAAAGAAUUAGUAUGAAAUAGAAAAAUAAAUGUUGCUACAUGAUGGAACAGAUAAUACAGGAGUAUAUCGUAAGAACAUCGAAAAAAUACCUGAAGAAUUAACUAAGGAAUAAAUUUAUGAGUAGAAUUUCACUGGAACAUAGAGAUUAAUUCUGCCAUAGAUUUAUAAGACAUAAAUGUCAAGAAUUAAAAGGCAAGGAUCUGCCACCAGUAAAAGCUAGGACUCAAGGAGCAGUCAGGAUUUUCAAACAGAAAAUUAAACAGUUAUAUAAUGA